UCCCGACGCUCUGAGGGAGUCCCGCUAGGGUCCCUCCCCAUGCGGAGGGCCCUGCUGGGCCGGGAAAACUACAAUUCCCGGCAUGCCUCACCUCGGGUGCGCCUGCGUACAGGAGCAGCCCGGCGGGCGAGCGGGUUGGUUUAAAGCGCUGUAGUCCCAUGGAAACAGACCUGCUGGCCGCGGGACGGAACUGCAGGCUGGUAGAUGAAUUAGGGGUGCGUAUGGAAACUACAGUGUACCGACCAGUCCUCUCUCCAACCCGCGUCAAUGCAACAGCUUCUGAGACGUUCACAGUACUUCAGCAGAAGAUGAGAAUUGUUGAGGAGCAGACCAGUUCCCUGAGAGAUGACCUGCUGAUGCUGGGCUGUGCUGACAAACGAGGUCAAUUAGAAACUUCAGACUAUUUCGGAGACCCUGCCAGCCAGAAAAUCAUUAGUCCUAUCCCAAGUGAAGUAAUUUGUCCAGAAAACCCAGGUGUUUUAUGGAAGAACUGUGAGUUUCUGGUAAAUCGAAUGUGCCAUUUGGAAAACCUCAUCCAGUCCCUGAAGAUGAGCAUCUUCCGUCUGCAAACUGAGAAGGAGUUGAAUCCACAGAAAACAGCUUUUCUGAAGGAUCAGCUGAAUACAAUACAGGAGGAGCACUGCAUGGACCUGAAGCUGCUGCGCCUGGAAGUGAUGAAUUUGCGCCAGCAACUGAAAGAUGUCAAGGAGGAGGAAGACAAGGCACAGGAUGAAGUGCAGAGACUGAUGGCCACUUUGGAAAUAGCCACCGAGACAACGAAGAAUGCAGCUGUUAUUGAGGAGGAGCUGAAGACCACAAAGCGUAAAAUGAACCUUAAAAUUCAAGAGCUAAGGAGACAGCUGGCCCAGGAGAAGCACUUCAGGGAAUCUCUGGAGAAAUCUGCAUCGUCCAUGCUACUCAAGCUCCAAGAAAUGGGGUCAACUGUGGAGGCAGAGCGGCAGCAGGUGCACACUUUGCAGCAGAGCUGCACUGCCCUACACAGCUCCAUACAAACCACCCAGGAACUGCUGGCCCAGGAGCAACAGAAGAAUGGACAGCUGGAGACGGCCACCUCGCAGCUCAACUCUGACCUAAUUUCCAGAGAUAACCUCAUCUGCAAGUUGGUGGAAGAAAGUAAGAGUACACAAAUAUCUUUGAAGAAGGAACAUGAAGAAAACACAUAUUUGAAAUCUGAAAUGGUGUCCCUUCGAGAAGUAUCAGAAAAAGCACAGGUUUUGAAUGACCAGCUUUCCAGAAAGUGUUCAGAGCUAAGCAGCAUGCUUCAGAUUGUUAAAAAGGAAAAUGCCAACAUUAUUGCUGAACAUCAUGCUAUUCUGCGGGUGGAGCAGAAAAUGAUAACAGAGACAUUUCAAGAGCAAAAUCUCCUGUUAGAUGCCGCCCAUGCCAGCAUCACUGGCCAGCUCCAAACUGUUCAGAAUGAUAAAACCCAGCUCCAGAUCCACCUAGACCACUUAAUCCUGGAGCACAGCCAGUGUGUCCAGAAAGCACAGGAAGCCGCAGAGAGGACAAGGGUGCAAAAAGAACUUCUGGAGUCAACUAUUGCCAGACUGCGGGCUGACCUGGAAGCCUCAAUGCAAGAGAGGAAGUCUCUGCUAGAGAAGAAUGAAAGGUUGCAGCAGGAGGUCAAGAAAACAGAAAAGGAAUUAGCCAAAGGAAAAUGCAAUUUGGAAAAGGAAUUAGCUAAAAGCAAGGUAGACAUAAACGUAUUGAACCAAACCCUACAGACCCUAACGGAAGAAAAUAAGCGUCUGGGAGAUCAAUUGUCUUCCCUUGAACACCACAGAGCCACUUGUGACUACCAUGGGUUUGCUCAGCAGAAAGUGGAAAAGGCCUUGGAAAAAAUUACCGAGAGCAAAAGUAAACUGGCCUAUGAAAAGGGAAAACUCCAGACAAAAGUUAAACAGCUGGAAGAACAGCUGCACUCCUUCAGUGAGACCAAGCUGCAGAAUGACCAUCUGCACAAGCUGAAUAAGGCUUUAAAGGUCAGGCAUGCUCAGGCAAACACAGAGCUGAGUGCCAGCAAGGCAUACCUGCAACAGAAGGACGCUCACCUGAAAGAGAUGAAAUCUAUUCUUGGGAAAAACGAAGAAGAGCUGGCCCAAGCUGUGAAGUGUCGCGAUGCUGCCCUGAAAGAGAGCCAGAGGUUGAGAGGGGACCUGGAGGCUUUGGAGGACAGAGAGAGCAAGAAGGUGGGAAACUUCCAGCGACAAUUAGCAGAGGCUAAAGAGGACAACUGCAAAGUCACCAUCAUGCUGGAAAACGUGCUGGCUUCUCACAGCAAGAUGCAGGGGGCGCUGGAGAAAGUCCAGAUAGAGCUCGGGCGGAGGGAUUCCGAGAUCGCCGGCCUCAAGAAGGAAAGGUCUCUAAAUCAACAAAGAGUCCAGAAGCUUGAAGCGGAAGUGGACCAGUGGCAGGCCAGGAUGCUGAUUGUGGAGGCCCAGCACAGUAGUGAGAUGGAGCCGCUACAGAAGUCUCUGGACAUAACUAGAGAGGACAACAGGAAACUGGCCAUGAGCCUCGAGCAAGCUCUCCAGACAAAUGGCCAUCUGCAGUCUAAGCUAGAUAACAUCCAAGAAAAAUUGGAAAGCAAAGAAUUUGAGCGGCAGAAUUUAGAAGCCUUCAAAGAGCGGAUUGCUGAGGAGUCCAAAGUGGAAGCGGAAUUACAUGCGGAGCGCAUCGAAGCCCUGAGAAAGCAGUUUCAGGUGGAGAGAGAGACUGCCAAGAAAGCCACACAGAGGGAAGUUUCCGAGCUGAAGAAAGCUCUUGACGAAGCCAACUUCAGAUCAGUGGAAGUGUCCCGGACAAACCGAGAGCUACGACAGAAGCUGACGGAGCUGGAGAAGGUGGUGAACAAUAACAAGGAGAGACUCAAGAACCAGAAGGCUCAGAUAAAGCUGCACUUGUCGGCCAAGGCAAACAACGUGCAGAAUCUGGAGAGGAUGAAGCAAAUAGAAAAAGAAUUGAGGCAAAUGGAGAUAAUUAAGGACCAAUAUCAGAAAAAGAACUACGAACAGUCUCUGAGUAUCCAGAGAUUUGUGUCUGAGAUGAAUGCCCUGCAGAAGGAGAUGGAACGGUUAGCUAAGAGCCAAUGUGAAACCUCGGCGCGGAAUAAACAGCAGGAGCUGAGACUAGUGGCCGAGCGGAAAAUGAGGCAGGACCUAGAAAAUCGGUGUGAGGAAUUGGAAGUAACUAUCAGACAACUGAAGAGAUGUAAAGAAGCAACAGAGAAUAAACUAAAAGAAGCCAGUGUGGAAUCAGAACAGGGUCUAUUAUUGGACUGGAACUCAGCAACUAGACUAGGCCGGCCAGCCAGCGUGUCCCAGGGAUCUGCUUGUCUCCUCCUCCCUGGCUCUGGGAUUACAAGUACAUGCCACCACACCCAGACCAUCUUCUGAUGUGGGUUCUGGGAAUCAAACUGAGGUCCUCGUUCCUCCACAGCCAGCACUUUACCCAAUGAGUUGUCUUCUCAGCCUGUGUUUACUUUCUCUGAACUAUUCAUUACUGUGUUUACAGAGUAAUUCAUUAGCUGAGACCCACUACUGUUUGCUCUAGUAGACUUUUCAGUAAGUUUCAAUGUCAGUUCCCUCUCAUUUGCCAUACAAUAGGAGGUGUAAUUUAUUUCAGUCUUUCCCUGUACUUCUGGCAAAAAACACCUGGAGGAAGGGUUGGGCUGGGUUUGGAGAGGGAAGUUGUUGCUGUUACCAGGUUGUCCCAACAGACCUGAAAAUAUUUUUGUAGUUCCUGAAAGUCAAGUUACAUUCUAGCAAGUGAGUCCAGGGCUUUCAUCUCACUAUCCCAUCAUGUGCCCACAUGAUGGCCUCGCUGAUGUCAGAAAGUGUCUGGAAGCACACAGCUGCUAGCCACACUCUGUUAGUGCUCCCUGGAAGCACACAGCUGCUAGCCACACUCUGUUAGUGCUCCUGGAAGCACACAGCUGCUAGCCACACUCUGUUAGUGCUCCUGGAAGCACACAGCUGCUAGCCACACUCUGUUAGUGCUCCCUGGAAGCACACAGCUGCUAGCCCCUCUCUGUUAGUGCCCCACCAGGUGUAGGAUAUGCAGGGGGUUCUGAGGAAGUGCCUGGGAAACAGGAGCCUGCAUGCAUCCUCUAAGGCCUCACUCAGAGAGUGUUCCCUCAGCCCAGUGGCUGUGUCGUACACAUGGCAAGAGUCCCUGUGAUCAUUUGAGUCUUCUGAUAGCUAGGUGUAAAUCUCCCAGGCUCGUACCCAAAAGAACUUGUGGCUAUUU